GUUUUGAGAUCACUGUCAGAGGCGUACAACGAGCUGCCUGUGUACACAAUACUAUCUCUGGUUGUUAAUAAACAUGAUUUCGUCUGUGUAGUUUUGUAAUGAGAUUCUGAAUCGCCUUUGUAAAAGCUGGAAAUGACGAUUCAUAAUAUAUACAUAUUUGACAGACAUGGAACACUUCUUUAUUAUGCCGAAUGGAAUCGUUUGAAACAAUCAGGAAUAACUCGGGAAGAGGAAGCAAAGCUCACCUAUGGACUGUUGUUCUCACUUAAAUCAUUUGUCAGCAAAAUAUCUCCCUUUGAUGUUAAGGAAGGUUUUCUGUAUUACAAAACCAGUAAAUAUGCAUUGCAUUAUUUUGAAACUCCAUCUGGCCUAAAGUUUGUUCUGAACACCGAUGUUGCUGCACAGAAUGUUCGGGAGUUGCUGCAGCAGAUAUAUAGUCAAGUGUAUGUUGAGUAUGUUGUAAAGAAUCCUGUUUGUGAUCUAAAGAAACCAAUCAAAAGUGAAUUAUUUAAAACUAAACUUGAUGCUUUAAUCAAACAGUCGCCAAUAUUCUCAGCAAGGGUCGUCUGAACAUUUUUGAGAAACAUUAAUAAAAUAUAUACUAAGCUGUAACUCUGAAGAUAAAGGAAAUAUUUGUGUAAUUGUAAUAGUUAGUCAUGCAGUUAUGCUAUCUGAUAUUGUAUACAUUCCAAAAUGUUGCUAAUAAACCCAAAUGGUUUUAACUCUUUCA